UUGAGGAAAGUUUUCGAGCGAUUUCGAACAUUCGACAUCAAAAUAUCUGCCAAGAAAUUCAAGGAAAUAACGCGUUCGUCCAUUACUUUUCUAGGACACGAAAUCACGAAAAGCUCUUAUUGUCCAGGAACAAGAAACGUCAAAGCUAUACUUGACUGUCCGGCACCGAAGACUGCUAAAGAAGUAAAACGAUUCGUGGGUAUGGCUAAUUUCUUCAGGAAGUUCAUACCCCAUUUUGCGAAAACUGCGGCUCCUCUGAAUGAUCUGACUAAGGAGGGAUCGGCAUUCGCUUGGACAUCAACACAUCAGAAAGCAUUCGAGAGCUUGAAAACCAGUUUAUCUUCUAAGCGGUGCCUAGCUUUCCCUCAGGAUAAAGACUUCAUCCUGCAUACUGACGGUAGCCAAAUUGCCGUGGGCGCAGUCCUCAUGCAGGAACAAACAGAGAGCAAGACGGAUAUAGCAGUCAUCGGUUACUUCAGUAAAACACUUUCAGAAUCCCAGCGCAGACGGAGUCCCACACACAUCGGACUCUUUGCUAUGAUCAGCGCUUUGCGAUUCUUCAAAAACAUCAUCUAUGGCAAUCGCACGCACAUUUUAUCCGAUCACAGACCCCUCACGUAUCUUCUUAAGCAUAAUAAAACGCAUGAUAACCUCGCGCGCUGGACCGUAGAGUUGCAAAGUUACAACAUUUCUAUCGAUUAUCUGAAAGGCUCGUCCAAUGUAAUUGCCGAUUAUCUAUCAAGAAUCUCAUACCCGUCGCAAGCGUUCCAGGAUGAUCAUCCGGAAUCCGAAGACAUUGUUGAAUUCCCAUAUUGUCUUAGCGUAAACCCUCUGGACCUUCCCAUUAUCGCCAUCAACAUGCCCACCGCCAUUAAACCAUAUGAUUUCUUAAUUGAGCAGAAAAAAAGAUGA